CUCAAAAUAUACCAGUUUCACUACCGGUUCAAAAUAUUGCUCCACAACCAGUUCAACAACCAGUUCAACAACCAAUUCAACAACCAGUUCAACAACCAGUUCGAAAUAUUGCUCCACAACCAGUUCAACCAACCUAUUAUAAAGUUGAUCCUAAGGCUUAUGUUGAGGAUACAUAUGGUCCAGGUGUGUGGGCCUUAGAUAAAAGAGUGCCAGAUACAUAUAACAAAAAUAGAGAUAAUAUUAAUAAUCUUUUAUCAGAUAAUCAAAUAAACAUGGAAAGAUUAAUAGAUCAAGUAGUUCGGAGGAGAAUCCAACUAGAAUCAGAUCCGAAAUUUAAUAAAAUUAAUAGAUAUAUGAAUAUUAGAGAUACUGCCCAGAAAGCUAUUGAUGAUGAAGAAAAUCGUCCUGAUGAUCCUAUGGAUAUUGAUUAUACCAUUUAUAAUCUCUCCAGACAACUUCCAGGAGUACCCACUGGAAGAAUUGUUAAUCGGACUAAUACUAAAAAUAAGAAGCCUAAGCCUAAGCCUAAGAAGGGUGCUAAGAAGACAAAAAAG